CAUCCUCAUCUUAAAAUAGAAGUACACACAAAUGAAACAUUAAUUUAUUGUUUCUUGUUAUUUUAAACGCGCUUUAAAUAUACAGUUAAUACGAAUCUACUUGUAAAAUACAUUAUUCAAUAAACUUUAAUUUCGCAUAAAAUUUUGUGUAGCGCAUAAAUUGUCUAUAGUUCGUUAUUAGGCACUGGAUAUGCACCCCGGAACACCAUGAAGUAGGGAUGCCUGAAUGCGAAGAUUUGGUGUAUACCAGGAUACUCUUCCUGUAGCAUACAUGAUUAUGCCAUGAAAUAGCUCACAAACAUGCCCAAGUGUGAGCUCUCGACUAAGAUAAUACCUGCAACAUGUGCAUGGUCACUGAUUAUAGUGUGUACUUCGCUAUACUUCGUCUUUGUUUGCCGGUAUUUGACGGAAGAGUACAGUUAUGUUUUUCCUGUUGUUCAGGGGGUCAUCACUCUAUUUAUGAUGCUAAAUCUGUGCCUCUCAACAUUCAUGGAUCCUGGCAUAUUUCCUAGAGCACCUGAUGAUGAAGCUAAAGAUGACGACUUUCGUUCUCCAUUAUAUAAAAAUAUAGAGAUCAGAGGUGUUCAGACACGUAUGAAAUGGUGCACUACUUGCCAAUUUUAUCGCCCUCCUCGUAGCUCUCAUUGUAGUUCGUGUGAUAACUGUAUUGAUACUUUUGAUCACCAUUGUCCUUGGUUGAACAACUGCAUUGGUCGUAGAAAUUACAGAUAUUUUUUUACCUUUCUGUUGACAUUAUGUCUGCAUAUAACCACGAUAUUUGCGCAGUGUGUAUUUUACACCUUAAAACAUGACGGUGAUCUACUGCGGCCAGGCCCAAUAAUAUCAAUUAUAAUAAUGAUCAUCAUAGGUCUUGUUCUAAUACCUGUGUUUGGACUGACAGGGUUUCAUAUGUUUCUAGUUUCUAAAGGCACCACCACUAAUGAACAGGUUACUGGAAAGUUCAAGGGUGGACCUAAUCCUUUUACAAGAGGAUGUAUAAAGAACUGCUGUUACGUCUUCUAUGGACCUAGGUGGCCAAAACUUGUUGGUUACAUUCCAAAAACCAGAACGUUGAAACUUGAAACUAGUAAAAUAACUUAUGUCGCAGCAGAGAACGAUGUCAGCAUUAAUACCGGCAACAAUUCAAAUGGAAUCAGAUCAAUCACAAAGAAUCAUAAUUUGAGGCCGCGCAGUAUCCACGAGCAUGAUGAAUACCUGGAUAAGAGCAGCCAAUCAUUUGAUUGUGAGCCUUCCCCGCCAUCCGCUCGUAAACAAGGUGGCUCCUACACAAACCUAUUUGAUACAGGCACCAACCAACAACAUCCUGUUCCUCUCGGUGCAACUCUGCACGCCAAUUCCAAUCAUGUCAGGAGGCCAGGAUCGCCUCCAACCCUGCACCAGGCUACAUCUAGAAACACAUUUGAGCGCCCUGCAGGUAAAUCUGGCUCAUACACUAUCCAGAAUGGAGGAAGUCUGGGUGGACACAAGGCUCCCCUGGUGAAGAGUGAGGACGAUGGCACGGCCUACAACUCUGUAGAAUCCCAUAUCAUCAACAGUCCAAAUAUGAAAAGAAGUACCACUUCUAGUGGACCAAAUGCCCACAGCUCAUUGGAGAAAAACUUACCACCUAAAGGACCUCCACGUGUGGGCUCACCUCAUCAUCCUGCUUCCCCGCCGACACUGAGAGGGGAGAGAAGUGGUGGUAGACCACCACACUCACCACAUUCUCCAUCACCAGCUCGUGGGAGUGCACCUUCUACAUCUCCGAUCAAAGACAGAGCUCGGAACUUUUAUCCCAGUCGUUCCAGGGAGAAUUUGAAUCGAUCCCAAGAACAACUCAAUAGGUCUAGGGAAUCUUUGUCAGAUCACAUUGGCCGUUCCAAUGACAAAAUGUCCAAAGUUCCAGAGAGCUCUGAGAGCAGGUUUUAUAAUACACUAGAGAGGACUAGAGGGGAUGGUAGCUCUCCGAGAGAACAUCCUGUGAGUAAUUCCAGAUUAAAAGAAGGAGUGUCUAGAGAACAUGACCAUUUGGGUUAUAGUGAUUCUGAUAAUAAACUUAACAGCAGGGAUAGAUAUUAUAAUGCACCACGAGAUAGUUCUAAUAAAUACACCGAGGGAAAUACAGAUUCACGACCCCGAAUGAUAUCCGAGUCACAAUACAAAGAUGCUCAUCGUCCUCGAGAUCGAGACCGUUCAAAAAGUUUUGACUUUGAUCCUCCAAGAGACCGCUCGGCUUCAAGAGACAGGCCGAGUGGUAGAGAGCGCAGUCUGCCUCGAAAUCUUUCGGAGUCAUCCAAAGGAAGCUAUGGGGAUGGGAACAGUAUUAGCGGAGGUAGUGGCUACUUGCCCAGUGGCUCACCACAAACAGGCUACCAGCCACUGGUGAAUUCUAGCAUUAGCAGCAGCUUUGGUCGUCCUGGGAGCUCUUCUGUGAUGUCAUCAGGCAGUUCCUUGAGGUCUCCCUCUGUAGGGCGUCAGCCUAAUGCCCAUCAGAUUAUUCCCAUGAGCAGCAAAAUUCCUUUACCUCCAUCUUCAAACCCUUCCAUAGCGUCAUCCUCUCGCCAUCCUAGCCAGUCCUCUUCUGUAUCGGGGCAGCAAACUCAGGAUGUUCGUCCACUGUCUUUUGUGCGUGCUUUGCAGGUAACAGAUGCUGUGGAAAUUCGGGAUAAGCGGAUAAACGAACGGCUUCGGCGGCAGAGCCAGGGUCCCCGCAAAGAAAGUGCAAAGAGUGUUUAUGACACGUACGAGGCAUCCGUUUGAUGCUGUCAGGCUGUAGGAUAACUUUGUGACAGACUCAUGGCAGUUAAGCUGUAAGACAACUUUAUGACAGACUCAAAGCUUGGUAGUUACUUCAGUUCAUUUUUAUUUUCAAAAUCUCUGUGUAUAUUUUGUUGGCAGUAUUUAUAGUUACUGUCCAUAAUUUAUAGUAUACAGGAUCAUUAGUCCAAUCAAAUUUGUUUAUUCUAUUCAAGAAGACAAAUUACUGAAGUAAAUAUGCUGUGUAUGUGGUCAGGACACAAGCUCUGUUGGAUCAGUGUGCUGUGUACAUUGUUGGUAUCAUGUGAUAUUAUAUUCAGAUAUCUAGACUAGAAAGUUAUUAAGUUUUCUUUUUUAAUGAAUCGGUUAUUUUAAUAUUUUAAUGUAUAGUUUGCAUGUGCGUGUGUGUGUUUGCGUGUUCAGAAGAUAAAUACUCAUUCAUCUGAAUAACAGACUAUGAACAAAGGAAAUAAGACUGUCAAACAAACAUUUUAUUUUCAAUGAAAACAUUAUAUUUGUUUAAGUUUUGUAUAUAUCUAGGCUCUAAUUCAACCUCACAUCAUUUGUGAACUGAACAUUGAGCAUGUGACGUGUUUGUAUAAAUAGGGUUUUGUAUUCAAAUAGUGGAGUAAAAAACUGACUUGUUUCGGCUAUCCUCUGUGAUAGAUAGCAACCAUGACACAUGCUUUAUAACAAUGAUCAUUUUUAGCGUUGUAAGCUAUCUUCACACAUUAAAACUAGCAUGCGCUUGAAAUGAACAAGCUAUAGUCGUUACUUAUUUAAUUUGAUCAACACACUUGUAUAGACGUGUUGAUGUCAUUUGCUGUACAAUUUGGUUUGUUUCUUUUAAUUUCAUUUCUUUUAAUUGGAUAUUUUGAUUUUGACUAGAAUUAAUGUGAGCUGAGCUUUAGCUCUUUAAGUCUUCUUCUUCUUCUCUCUCAUCUCUACUAAAAGUAAUACUGCAUAAGUUACUCAACAUUCUUUGUUGUCACAGUGUUUGCCAAGGUUGAAGUCCAUGCAUAAUUGACGUAAACCUAGACAUGAUUAACAUAAUGUAUAUAUAGAUACGAAAGUAAUUCUGAUUAGGAAAAAUAAAUUCAAUUCAGAUUAAAGAUCUUUUAUCCAAAGACUUUUUAUAUAUACUGAACAAAAAUCUAUGUUUUAUGUUACUCAAAAAAAGUUUUUUUUUUAAAUGCCUUUUAUGUUCUAUCGGACUGAUCACCUAUUCAUAAUAAUUAAAAGUGAUACAUUCUUGUAUCAUUUCUGGAAUGGAUGUUGCAUGCAUCAGUGCUAGUAGUCCAUGUCAAAAUAACAUCAAGCCCUGGAGAUGCUAUCCCCCCUCCCCAGAAUAGUUAGUCCAGACUUAACCGAAUAAUAUCAAAUGUUGACGUUUUGUGCCCCCCCCCCCCCCCCAACUCUUAAAUUUCAAUGGCAUAUAUUGUCUUGUCUGGCAUAAAUUCUUUUGCAAAUAUUUGUCUUCAGAGUGACUAUAUAAUAUGUUGAUAAUGUAUAUAUCGUCUACAAGGUUCCACGAGGCCAAUCAACCAUCAACUGUUUGCUAGUGAAGCACUGAUUGGAUGAAAUAGUAUGUGUUUCAGGGUUUGUGUGUGGUGGUUUGAAGUAUAGAAUGGACUUUAUUUAGUCCAUAGGUCAGUGAGAUAUUAAUAUUAUGUGUGGGCGCUAUUCUCCAUUUUAAAAGCUAAGUACAUAAUUUGACUUCCUGGCACCAAAAUUUUCUUUAUAAACUUCCAUUGUGUUUUAAUUUCUGUUCAAAAUCACACAGUAAUAAUAUAUAUACAAUUAGACAUUACUUUCUAAAUAAUGGAGACAGUGUACCAGAAGAUAAAUUAUAAACUUAAAAUAAUUUUAAAAAUGUCUUUCCAAUAUACUUGUUUUUAUGAGAAUGUAGUUUAAAUAGGGUCAUUUAUGUUUUAAAACUAAGUGGGCUAAAAGAAGGUUUUUUUUUUUUUGGUUGCUCAGUGAUAUAUAUAUGUCAGUGUUAAUUACUUGAUACUUUUACUGCACAACUCUGUAUGAAUACAUGCAUGCGCAUAUUAACAUUGACUCUCCAUAUAUGUAGAGCUAAACAAGGGUGUAUCGUGGACAUAUUCACUUAAGUGAGGUAUAAUUGAGAACUUUAUACAUGCUGUUGAGUGGAACAUUUGUCAGUGUACACAAGUCUUUAAAGAUGUUUCAUUUUUUCUUACCUUUGCCUUGUACGUUGACUCUCUAUGGUGCUUCCACUAAGUUUAGAUAACAGGUUCUCUUGCUCAACUUGACAUAAUUGUAGCUGUCCUAAUAGAGUGGCUGUGUUGUGGUUGAAAAGUUCAUAGUUCAUUUAUGUCAACAUCAACUGUACCUAUCCUAGCCACCCUCGCUCUAUUUUUUUUUCUUUUGCAUUGUAAUAUUUGUACGUUGAAACUAGGAAACCUUUGACCCCUUCUGUUAGUGCCAAAGUCACUCCUGCCUGUGCACCAAGGUCAUAUCUCCAAGGCUAUAAAUGGUGUUUCCUAUGUCAAAGUAAAAAUCACUAUCGAAAGAUUUUGUUUAGCGCUUGCUGAUGCCAGCAGUUGUUAGCUGUAUCUGAUAAUUGAAUAGUCUACUCAACUAGAGUAGUGCCAUAGUAAUAAUUUAUUUUGUUUUGUUAGUGUGAUCUUUCCACUGAACAUUCCAAGUUUUACUAUUAACCCUUAAAGUGCUCAGCUGUUUAACAAAAAGGGCAUAGAAAAUGGAAUUACAAUUCUGAUGAUUAGGGGCUAAACUACCACACGCGUUUUAAGGGUUAACCUGAGCAAAACAGAGGCAGAUCAAAUUAGGAAUAUUUUCUGUGCACAUUUUUUGUUUGUUCUGGUCACACAUAAACACCAGAAAUUAAUGAAUAUGUUUAUCUAGUUGUGGGCUCUUGACUUAGUUUACAAUCAUUGGGUGGAAAUAGUGAGUAUGGUUGCUCUGAUAUUCCUGAAGGGAAUAAAUCAGAAGAGAGUUUUAAAAUCUGUAUGAUCACUCCAGCUGAAUUUCAACUGCUUUUGUCUAGUGCAUUUUAAAUGUUAAAGACCUACCUGGCAAUAUGCUGCACACACAAGGAAGGUAUUUUGUUGUCAGACCUUGGUCCUACCGCAGACUUUAUGUCAAGUUUGAUUGUGCUCAACAAUUAUGUGACUUUUGGCUUGGCUGACACUGUGAAAGUUAAAUGUGUUUAUGUCCCCUUGUACAAGUUGAGCUGCAACCACAGACCUAUAUAUAUAUUAUAUCUAGACUGGAAUUCGGAAACAAAUUCUUAUCUGCGAUUGAUCAAUUCACAGACCUAUAUAUAUAUAUAUAUAUAUAUAUAUAUAGAUUUUAUGUACGUAACUGUUUUUUUUUUAAGCUGUAAGGGAAGCGUGGUCGAGAGGCCAAGUGCGCUUGAACUUGGCUUGGCUUGGCUACCUAGAAGGGGGCUCGAGGUUCGACACCUGACUCGGGCAGAGUUGUGUUUACUGAGCGCCUAAAGGCAGCACGGAAAACCAACUCCCAGAUACCCCCCCCCACACACACACACACACACACACAUACACACUGGUCCACAAAUGAGAUUGGACCAAAAUCGCUCUGAGCAUGCUAUAAGCAUGAAAGUAGCGCUGUAUAAAAGCUAUAAUGAUAAUAAUAAAAUUUAAAAAAAGGAAGGCACCCCAAAUCUAGGAAAAUCAUUUAGAAAAGUAAUGCUCUUAAGUUUUCAAAGUUUAGAAAUAAUGCAAACUCAUUUCUCAGAUUUUUUAAAGAAUGGGCUAUUAAUCACAGAACUAUAUAUUCACUUAAAUAUAUGAAACAAAGCCAUUUCCUGUUAGUUUCCAUUGAGAUAAUGUUUCAAAAAUCCUAGAUCGAAAUAAUUCCUGUCAGUUGAUUUUAAUCAAUUUAUGUACAUUUAAAUAGAUUGAUUACCUAGAUCUUUCUAGAUUAUGUAUCUAAAUAUUGCAAAAUAAUGAGCCAAGAGUACUCUUAUUUUUUGAUGUUCAAUUAUUAGAUCUGGAUCUAAAAAUUAAAUUAUAUUUUACAUAGGUUAGGUUGAAAAAAAACUUUACUUCUUAUAACUAAUUUACAAAACAACGCCUUGUUUCAACUUUUUAACACAUUUUCACUACAUUUUUUGUAGUUUUAAAAUAUCUCCAUGUCCAAUCUAGAUAUAAUAUAAGUCUAUGGCUGCAACAUUUGGUUAGGAGAGUGUGGACAGCGUCAUCCCACAGAAUAUUGGCCUGCAAACUUGUAUAAGCUUUUGUGUGCCCUCAUAAUACACAAAGCUGUAAUGGUCAACUGUCAACUGAAUGUUCAUUCAUAAUACACAACGCUGUAAUGGUAAUGUCAACUGAAUUGCUUUAUGGUUUUUACUUUGAGAGCAAAUUUAUAAUUAUUUUUUUUUUACAUUUAUGAGCAGACUCUGAAGUUUGUGUACCAGGUAUAUACUAACAACAAAAAAAAAAGAGUUCAUGCUAGUUUGUUGUUAAGAAUCUUGUCUCUGCUUAUAAUUUCUAUUUGACUUAGUCUCUGAUUUUGUGAUUGUAUAGCAGAAAUGAAUUUCUAGCUUUUUAUUUUAAAUUUGAAGUGAUGAACGGUUGCUAAAUCUUGUGUAAUUUUGUAAGUAAUGAAUGGUAACUGAAUCUUGUGUAGUUUGGCUAGUAAUGAAUGGUAACUGAAUCUUGUGUAGUCUGACAUGUAAUGAAUGGUAACUGAAUCAUGUGUAAUUUCGCAAGUAAUGAAUGGUAACUGAAUCAUGUGUAAUUUCGCAAGUAAUGAAUGGUAACUGAAUCUUGUGUAGUCUGACAUGUAAUGAAUGGUAACUGAAUCAUGUGUAAUUUCGCAAGUAAUGAAUGGUAACUGAAUCUUGUGUAGUUUGACAUGUAAAGAAUGGUAACUGAAUCAUGUGUAAUUUCGCAAGUAAUGAAUGGUAACUGAAUCAUGUGUAAUUUCGCAAGUAAUGAAUGGUAACUGAAUCUUGUGUAGUCUGACGUGUAAUGAAUGGUAACUGAAUCAUGUGUAAUUUCACAAGUAAUGAAUGGUAGCUGAAUCUUGUGUAGUUUGACAAAGUUAUUCCCAUGAAAUUUCUACUUCUUAACAGGCUUAUACUAAUAACUAAUUGUCUGUAUUGAAUGAUAGAUGUCCUUUUCCUGUUCAUACUUGUGCAUUCCUAUAUCUGGCAACUGGAGGUUGUGAUAGGUUGCAAACUAUUUGCCAGGUAGUAAUUUACUUGAGUAAUAAAUGUAGAUAUAAACUGUUUUGAUCAUAAUAAGAAAGAACAAAGUUUUGGUGUCUGGUUCUAUGGCAAGUACACUGACUUUAUAUUUAGUGACAAGUAAUUUGUUUGUGAAUUUAAUAAACGCUGCACUGGACCUUGUACACAUGUACUAAGAAAAAGAUCUGAUUUUAAUUUCUUAAAUUUUGAUACCAAAAAUAUUUAUGCUCAAUGUGGUAAGGACUAGACUAGUUUUAAUACAAGGACUCAUUACUCAUUGUGACAACCAGACCUUUUUUUUAAUCAAAAAUAUAAAACUACAUUUUUUUAAACUAUUUUUUUUUACAAGAUAAUUUAUUAGUUAAUUUUCAAACAAUGCAGUUUUUAGUUAAAUAGGGGUCAAUAAGUGGGCUCUGUUGUUGUACAGAUUAAUGGUGACAGUGACUUCUGAAUGAGCUGGCUGCCAAAUUAAUUCAUGUUGGAACAAAACAGAGGAUGUUUCUAUUAUUUAUAAAAAUGUUUCCUGCAUUUGACUUCUCCUACUGAAUGGCAUUAUGUUGGUAGUGAUAUUUGACUUGAGAAGCAAUGUUCAUUUCAUGUUUUAUAUCAUUGUGGUCAACUGUGGUACUUAAACAAUUGUUCAAAGAAAGAUGUGUAAGACUCUUGCCAGAUCAAAACCAUAUUUUCGGCAUGUGUCUGACAUGUUUAUCUGGUAAACUUUUGAUUUUGUGUAAGCCUUCAUGACUUUUAGACAAUGUAAAUGAAAUGAUUCCACCCCUAACCCAGGCUCCCACCAAACUACACAGACAUUGUGCUAGCCAUGCAUUAAAUCACUGAAGGCGACCAUUAUAUACAUUUCUUGCUGUAAUUUCUUUGACCAUUUCAUUUUGUUUCUGUGUACAAACUUUCCCAGUCAAUAUUUGGUCUAAUGGCCUGACCAUCAUCAUUGUUCGAAACAGACGACAGCGUUUUCAUGUUGAUGACUGGAACUAGUGUUGAUUGAAAAAUGUGGAUUAUUUAUUGAUGCAGUGAGAUAUUUCAACUUAACUGAAGCUAUCAUUUGGUGUCACACUUCUGACAUUGUAAUAGCAUAAUGAGAUAGUGUCAUAUGUUUUAUUCAGAAUAUGUUCAUUGCCAUGGAUUAUUUGUUUUGUAUAUUUGUGUAUAAUGUUAUUUAACAAAACAGAAAAAAAAGUACUAUUGAAAAUACCGAGUUAUAAAUAUCAUGAUGAUAUUGUAUCAUAUUCAUAUGCUUCAUUUUUUUUUCAUAUUAUGUGAUACAAGUGUAUUUAUAAUAAAAUAAAAUAUUUGUCCUAUGA